AUGACCGUACCUGUCACUCCUGUCGGCCAGGACGUCUUGCAGAUCCUCCAACAAUCUGCACCCCAUAUUCCAUUCCAGGAGAUCGAUCACAUCAUCUACGACGCCUACAUCCCCGGCCGCUUCGGCAACAUCCAUACAGGUCGAUGGAGGGAGCAUGAUGUCGAAAUCAGGGAGCCCUUUGGCGACUUAACUACCAUCGAGCGAGAGGUCCGUCUACUGUAUAAGCUGGGCAACAGUUGCCCACAGAUCCAGCACCUCUAUGGAUACACCGUCGAUCCAUCGACGUCAAUUCCAUACCUUGUUGUUCAACACAACGAACACGGCACCCUUCACUCCUAUCUUAUCAAUUUUCAUGCACACUUAACCUGGUCUGACAGGUACAAUCUUGCACUGGACAUCGCCCUGGGCCUGCGUUAUCUCCACUACAAGGGCUACCGCCAUCGCCAUCUGCACUCUGCCAGCAUCCUCAUUGACACCAACGGUUCAGCAGUCCUUUCAGAUUUUGGAUCCACACGCGACGCAGAGGUCAUUUCCUCGCGGGAGCACCCUGCACGCAUGGGAUACAUUGCGCCAGAACGCCUCACCAAGAAUGGAACGCGCUACUCCAUCGAAUGCGACAUCUACUCCCUUGGCAUGGUGUUCUGGGAGAUCGCCAGCGGCCGUCCACCCUUUGACAAUCUGAUUGCAGCUUGUAGCGUGGAGGACGGAUCGUUGAUGAGCCUCGCACAGAACAUUGUGUCCGGCCGACGUGAGCGCCCUGUAGAAGGCACCGAUCCCAUUUUUGAGGAUCUUUAUACCCGAUGCUGGCAUCAAAACCCUUUGGAGCGCCCUUCGAUUGACUGGAUCAUCCAGACAUUGAGUGUCCUCCUGAAGCAGCCCUCGGGCUCUUUGGUUCGUCAAAUCGAAGACUUGAGCCUUGGUAUGUUCUCUUCCUGCGACUUUUCUUAUGGAGGGGGGGUUUGGAUGGAGGCGGGUCAAAGCACUUGGUACUGA